AAACAAAUCUGGGAAACGACGAACAUAAAAGAACUUUAAAUUCCUGUUAUCCCGUUACCUAUAUACGAGUAUGAUUUUAACAUCAUCUGUAAUUUUCUUUUUAUUUGCAUUAUUGUUACCUAAUUUGUAUAUGUCUAUAAGUGAGAAGUAAAUUAUUAAUGAAAAUUAAUUAAAUUCGAAUCGUCAAAAUUUUGUCUCCAUAGGUAAAUUAAAGUAUUGAGCGCGUUAACAAUAUUUUACAGGGACGUGGAAAAUCAAAAACUCCUGUCUCGCUUAGUUCUAUAGAGGCCCGCGUAGCUUUCGAACGCGUAGGGCGGGCGCCUGCCACAUACUUGUCACCGGCUUAUGGAAAUUCAUGAUUUUUUUUUAUGAAAUUUAAUGUUGAUCUAUUAAUUUAACAGAGAAGAUAUAAAUCUCGUGGAUAUAAAUUGAUAUAUCUGGUUUACAAAUAACAUUUGCCGGUGACCUGAAUAUAGGUACUAUGUUACUCCUCAUCGCAGUGGGGAUAGUGAACGUUGUAACUGUCACCAGUAAUCCUGUUCAGCAGUGUGAGCGAGCGCCAGCGCACGCGCAGCCCGCUGAUUCACAUUAUCGAAUUGGAAUUUCUGGCGAACCAGAUUUGUUUUUACCUGGAGAGCUAUACACAGUUUCAUUGCAAGGCUUAGAUAGCGGACAAGGUCCAACACCAUUUAUAGGAUUCACUAUAUGGGUGGAGAUUGACGAGUUUGUAAAAACCGAGACGAGUGAUGAAGAUAACCCUAACAAGUCUCUGAAUUUACCGUUGGGUGGUUUCCAAUCGUAUGAUGCCCAGACUAAGCAACAUGAAGUGUGUAGGCCAGCAGUCAAUAAUGCUACUGCACAUCCUAAGACUGAGAUACAGGUAAUAUGGAGUUCACCGUCAAAUGCAACAAACUCUUGCAUACUGUUGUGUGCCCAUGCGACUCCAGCUGUUGGUUCGGGAUCUUGGGCAGUACUGGCUCGCAAGAUAUGUCCCGCACCCACGGCGCCCGCGAGCUUUUCGCGACAGCCACCUAUCGUAGAGCCUUGUUGUGCUUGUGACGAGGCUAAAUAUGAAGUAGUAUUUGAAGGUCUGUGGUCUCGUAACACACAUCCACGAGACUUUCCACCUGAGAGUGCUCACGCCCAUUUCGGAGAUAUGAUCGGUGCCUCACAUACUGGGCAGUACAGAGUGUGGCAGGAAGGUAGAGUGGCUAGCAGCGGACUGCGGAGAUUAGCUGAUGAUGGAGUCACCACUGCAUUAGAGAAAGAAUUGAAAGCAGAGAGCGAUCACAUAAGAACGAUAAUCAAAGCUCGAGGUAUAUCCUGGCAACAAGUGGCCAGUGGUGGCAGCCCUAAUACCUUCGCAGUAUUUCGUGUGGACGCUAAACACCAUUUAAUUUCCCUGGCAUCAAAAUUAGCUCCAUCACCCGACUGGAUAGUUGGUGUAUCAGCAUUAGAACUCUGCAAUUCUAAUUGUACCUGGAGCACUUCUGCUACUCUUCCCCUAUAUCCUUAUGAUGCGGGCACUGAUAGCGGACUUACUUAUAUGUCACGUCGCCAGCCUACAGUUCCCGCUGCACCGGUACGAGCACUCAGGCCAGACUGGCCACGUGAUGUGCGCUCACCAUUUUUCAGCAGUACUAAUGAAAUGCGGCCCUUUGCCAGGUUACGUCUUACUCGACUCCGGCUUUAUGAGAAAAGCUGUGACGCUGCCGAAUUAGGCAGUGAGCACGGACAGGAGUCGCCUGCGGGUGGUGGCGCAUGCAGCACGCAUGCGUGGGGCGCGUGGGGCGCAUGUAGCGUCACGUGCGGCGUGGGCCGUGCCUCGCGUCAGCGCCAUUACGUAUGGCCCGCACGUGCUUAUGCAGACGCAUGCCGCGUGCAACUCACCGACUACAAACGCUGUAACGGACCUAGGAUGCAUUGCAGGGCUGUGUCGGAUUACGAGCCAGACCCGGCGGAGUCGACGGGUCCAUGUGCAGUGUCGGCGUGGUCGGCGUGGUCGCCGUGCGAAGGCUGCGGCGUGCGCGCCCGCACCCGUCACUAUUUGUUGCCGCGCGCGCACAAACGCUGCCAUGUCGGCUUCCGUGCCUCUACAGUUAUGAGCCAGGCUAUACCUUGCGAAGCUGGACCUUGCGAUAAACCAACUGGAGCGUAUGCCAAUUCAUCUAUUCUCGAUUGGUUUUUCAGGGACGAGUCGCGCGGUGAAUGCCGCGUGUCGCCAUGGAGCGAGUGGUCGCCAUGCUCGGCACGCUGCGGCCGCGGGCGGCGGCUGCGCACGCGUUUGUAUCUGAUGCCGCCGCGUUUGCAACCGCACCUCACGCGCACAUUACUUGCUGCUUGGCACCGCACCUUCGCCGCCUUGCAGAAUAUCGAUAUUCCGGCUGAAAAUGUGACUGUCGAAGAUCCCGAGGUAGAGAAACUUGUCCAAGAACAUUUAGAACGAUGUCAGUACACGUUGACACAGCAGGAAGCGCUCUGUGAUGGAGACGACAUAUCUUGUAGUCCGCCCGCUGUUUCUUCCGAAGUAUGCCAUUUGCCGCUGUCGGUGGGCCCGUGUCGCGGCUACGACGAGCGCUGGUUUUACGACAUUGAGCGUUUGAUAUGCGAACCGUUCGGGUACAGCGGCUGUGGGGGCAAUGCCAACAACUUCCGCACCAGAGAUCACUGCUUGCAAGUCUGCGUGAAUGUUACCAAAUCCUCUAGCAGUACUACUGCGAGCUCUCACAUCGAGUCGACCACAAAGAAGAAUAAAACACCAUCGAGUGACGAUAACGAAGUGAUACAGAACGAUGUACCCACCAUAGAAGUAGAGGACGUGAAUUGCGAGAUGGGCCCGUGGCUCGGCUGGAGCGACUGUAUCGGGGAGUGUGACUUCGCUGUCAAACUCAACUAUCGAUUGGUUUCGCGCCAGGCUUCAGGAAAUGGAAAAGCGUGUCGUAAAACAGUGAAGAGUCGCUCGUGCCGUCCCGCUCACUGUCAAAAACCUAACUUCACCGCCGACGUCUCCACAUCUGCUCACAUGAAUUAUGAAGAUGAUUAAUGUUAUAGCAGUUCAAUCAAGAAAUAGAUAUAUAAUAGGUCUAACUUUCUGAAACAUAAUGUGUUACUUCAUUUUGUAGGUUCUCUAAAAAUAAAACAAAUUUCUUCUAUAUUACCAUGGCGCUUCCAGUUGCCGAAUUAAUGUGAGAGCUUAGUAUGAGAGGUAUAUGAAAUUAAAUGGAUAUAAUUAUGUGCAAUUUGAUCUCAAGAUAUUUGUCUCUUUUAACAAUUAGACAAUAAUUAACGUUAAUAGUGAUUAGCUUGUGAAGCCGUUAAUAAAAUUAAUAUUUAACAGUAUAUACACUUACAUAAUGUAGUUGGUGUCUCAAAUAAAACAUAAUA